UGGCAUUGCGCUUCUUCCGGUUGACAACAGUGAGCUAACGCAUACUUAAGCGGCAUUCAAGGACUUGGGACGACAUGGUAAAAAUACUCAUGGGAAGAUAAGACUGUGUCUUCCAUAAACAGCAAAACUGAAGGUAUCUGGAGAGAGAGACAGAGAGAGGCUGGCUUCGGCCACAUGCAGUCCUGCAUUACACUCUGAGCACACAGAGGUCUGAGUCGAGGCUGAAGAUGGUCUGAUGGACCGCCGCUUCUUGCUGACCUUCGUCUUCUGUUCAGUGUCGUGGGUUUUCUUCUGGGAAGCACGCUGGAAGAAAAGCAAGGAAAGUCAGAUUGGAGAAUGGCUACAGGGUCAUGGGCUCUCCGACUACAAACAUUUAUUUGAAGAUGUUCAGUCUCUUGAAGAGCUCAGUCUGAGUGUGUUGACCCGCUUGGAGGAGGUGGUGCUGGAGCAGCGGCGGUGGAGGGACAUCACGGAGGCUCACGUCCGGCUGCUCCGAGACUUUGCCUUUCAGGAGUGGCUGUGUUCCCAGAGCCUGGAGCACUACUACCACACUCUGAAGGCCCUGGGAUGUACAAAUCUGGAUGACUUGGCCCAGUUUGACAGCCAGCUUCAGCUCUCUUUGGCAGCCUGGGGCUAUUACUACGAGGAUUACAUCAAGCUGUCUACAGGAGUGAAGGUGCUCCAAGCCUCCAGGGGCAGCAGAGACCAGGACUACGAGAUACAGCUGGUGCACAGCCUUGCAGAGAGGCGCCUUAACGAGAAGUGGUCCAUUGUGGGAGCGCUCAUAUUUGGCUGUACUGUUGCACUGUGCUUUCUGAUAAGGGACCUCAUGUUUUACGUGAUUGGUGGAAUAACCGUUUCCAUCAUCGCAUUCGUCUUCACCAUCAAGUUCUUGUGUGAGCUCGCAGCACGCGUAGUCAGCUUCCUGCAGAAUGAGGACCCAGGCCGCCGAGGCGACCGUAGCAUUUACGACUACGUGCGGGGCAACUACCUGGACCCCCGCUCCUGCAAGGUCUCCUGGGACUGGAAGGAGCCCCAGGAGGUGGGCCAGACCAUGAGCUUCCGUGUGCAGCUCUUCUAUAAGAAUGGGCAGCCGUUCCCGGCCCGCAGGCCUGUGGGGCUGAGGGUGAACAUCACUCACAUAGAGCUGGCUCUGGAUAUUCCUGUCACCCAGGAGGUCGUCCAGGAACCGGAGUCCAACGUGGUGAAAGUGACCUUCACUGUGCGCAAGGCCGGCCGCUACGAGGUGGCCGUUAAACUGGGUGGCCUCAAUGUUGCCUAUAGCCCCUAUUACAAGAUAUUCCAGCCAGGGAUGGUGGUGCCCUCCAAAACGAAGAUUGCGUACCACUUUUCCACUCUGGUGCUGACAUACGGACUGCAACACACGCUGCAGAUUGAGCCUCGGGAUGAGUACGGCAACCCCACUAGCAACUCCGUCUCCCUGGUGGAUGAGGCCAACUAUAGCGUUCAUAUUCACCCAUUGGGCAGCGUGGAAGAGGACAGCUCGGAGGACUACUACAGCACGGCCGUCUCCUGUAUUAAGCAGCAGUGUCAUGUCCUGCUUCGGCUCACUCUGAAGAAGAAGGGCUGCUUCAGGGCACGCAUCACUUACAGGGAUCAGUCACUCAGCAAUGGAGAGUUUGACAUCAUUGUGCUAAGCGAGAAUGAGAAGAGCUGUGUGGAGAAGAACGUGUCCACUCCAGGCAUUAGUAUCUACUUUGAGGCCUACCUCUACAGCACAGGCAACUACAGUGGUUCUCCGUGGCAGCUGCCAGCCUCCUCUCUCCUGACCCCACAGAGACGACCCUCUGUGGGUGAUGAGGAAGAUGAGCACGACUCGCCUGUAGAGGGCCAACUGGAGAAGGUCAAGAAACCAAAAAAGGUCUACUGCUACAUAUCACCAAAGCAACUCUCUGUGAAGGAGUUUUACCUGAAGAUUAUUCCCUGGCGUCUUUUCACUUUUCGUGUGUGCCCCGGGACCAAGUUCACAUACCAUGGGCCAGACCCAAACCAUAAGUACCUGACUCUGGUGGUGGAUGAUGGCAUCCAGCCUCCUGUGGAGCUGAGCUGCAAGGACAGGAACAUCAUGGCUGCCACAUUUAUUCGCUUCCUUCACAAGAACAUUGGAGGUUCUGAGACAUUUCAGGACAAGGUAAGCUUUUUCCAGCGGGAGCUCAGGCACAUCCAUUCUAAGAGGCCUCGGACUAAGACCUGCCUGAAGAUCAGCCGCCACUCCAUCCUCGACUCUUCUCUUAAGGCCACUAGGAACUUCUCUGUGUCAGACUGGAGUAAGAACUUUGAGGUGGUGUUUCAGGAUGAAGAAGCUCUGGACUGGGGUGGACCGAGGCGGGAGUGGUUUGAGCUUGUGUGCAAGACUCUGUUUGACACCAACAACCAGCUGUUCACACGAUUUAGUGACAACAACCAGGGUCUGGUCCAUCCUAACGCCGAGCGGCCCCCUCACCUGAGGCUGAAGAUGUAUGAGUUUGCUGGCCGUGUGGUGGGGAAGUGUCUGUAUGAGUCGGCGCUGGGAGGGGCUUACAAGCAGUUGGUACGUGCCAGGUUCACUCGCUCCUUCCUGGCCCAGAUCAUCGGCUUGCGCAUGAACUACAAGUACUUUGAGACGGACGAUCCCGAGUUCUACAAGACCAAGGUCUGCUUCCUGCUAAACAAUGACGUGAGCGAAAUGGACCUUGUGUUCGCUGAGGAGAAGUACAGCAAAUCGGGGCAGUUGGAGAAGGUGGUGGAGCUGAUUUCUGGGGGUGCACAGAUUGCUGUGACUAACGAAAACAAGGUGCAUUACCUGAAUCUACUGGCUCAGUAUCGGCUGGCCACUCAGGUGCGGGAUGAGGUGGAGCACUUCCUCAAAGGUUUGAAUGAACUUGUUCCUGAGAACCUCUUGGCCAUAUUUGAUGAGAAUGAGUUGGAGUUGCUGAUGUGUGGUACUGGGGACAUUAAUGUGCAGGAUUUCAAAGCCCAUGCUGUUAUAGUUGGAGGCUCAUGGCAUUUCAGAGAGAAGGUGAUGAAAUGGUUCUGGGCUGUGGUGUCCUCCUUCACUCAGGAAGAGCUAGCACGCCUGCUCCAGUUCACCACCGGCUCCUCUCAGCUGCCCCCCGGGGGCUUCAAUACACUCUGUCCCUCCUUCCAGAUCAUAGCAGCCCCCACACACAGCACCUUGCCAACUGCACACACCUGUUUUAACCAGCUGUGCCUCCCUACCUAUGACUCCUAUGAGGAGCUGCACAAACUGCUGAAGCUGGCCAUCAGUGAGGGCAGUGAGGGCUUUGGCAUGCUCUGACCACAUACUGGCACUGAGGAAGUCUCCAUGUCUGUGUGUGUGUCUCUCGCUCUCUCUCUCACACACACACACACACACACACACACACACACACACAUCUCGUGCUCUGCCUCUGCCCUUCCCUCUGUGCUCUCACCUCCUCUCUCCUCUAAGUGAGCUGCUGUAUAAGAGCCAAUGCACCUUUUGCCUCCAAUAACAGACCUCUAAGCCCAAGCCCUCCUGGACAUCCAGAUCUUCUCUUUAAAGCAGGACCUUCAAAGAGGACGUUACUUACACAUGAUCCUGAGAUGCCUUUGGCUAAUUCCAGUAGAUGCUGGAGCUUUGUAUAAAUGUAAACAUUUUUUUCUUUUUUGUAUUGUUAAAAAAGAAGAACAGAAUUAAAGAGCUGUUGAGUAGAUGGUACAUUUGCUUAAUUUUAUGCGAGAUAGCUUAUAUGGGCCCUCAUGUUUUAAUGACUAAUCACAUUUAGCAUUAACACAACUGGGAUCAUGGGAGCAUUCAGACAGAGUGUAGCAGCCUGGAAGGUGUGUGGUUCUACUACACACUUACUGCACUUUGGCCUUAUCUGAUCAGGGACGGUUGUAUGUAUAUACUGCUGUGAAUUAUGUAUGUAUAUAGGUAUAAAUGCUAUCAUUUCAUCUUUUUCUUUUGUCCUUAAAAAAAAAAGGUGGAUCAUUGAUAGUUUUUCAUGUUGUGGUUUUUACUUUCUCCUCCUAACAGUCUGCCAUGUCUCAUUCCUUUUCUUUUGUGUAAUUAUUCUGCCCAUGCAGUGGCCUGGGUGUGUGUGGCCUGACAUAAGACUGCGCUACAAUGAUUUCGGCUAGGCUUGGGUGUUUUUCCCUGAGGUCACUUGACGGCAACUCUGUGUUGCAGAAUUUAACCAUAGUGAUCUGGAGCACUGGCUGAAAAAGAGUACUUCCUCCUUUCUCCUGCGUUACUUUCAUAUCUCCGGGCACCAUCUAUGCAUUUUUUAAAGGCAAGCCCACUUUAUAGAGAACUGUCUGGUUUCUGUGACAUGAUUUGCAUCAGGACAAAGGGUGUUGUGCUAUGAUGCAAACAGUUUCAAAUGUUUUCUUGUUCUUGAGAUUUUUGUUAUUUAUGACCUUAUUUAUUUAAACGUAUACAUAUUGCCACUUGACCAAUGUCAUGUGACAGUAUGCUUGUGUUGAUACAGGUGCUUUAUGAAACGAGAACCUGAAAGCUAGACGGAUGCUCUGUCCUUUUAGGUUUUUUUACAUAGUCUUUUCGUAGUUCACCUUUUGGCAUUGUUUCCGCUAAAGCUGGUUUCCACCAGUAAUUCACGGUUUGUUGGUUGUUUGUGAAAGCAGAAUUUCUGUUAAGACAGCUCACCAGAACCAACCACUCAGAUUUGUCUUUACCUCCUUGUUGAAGCUUCUGAAUACAAGAGCUUGUACUCAUCAUAUCCAAGGAAAUUACUUCCAAAUGACUGAUCUGAGGACAGCAUUGCUGUUAUCCAGUCAAAAAAAGCUUAAGAAAACUAGGUUUCAGUCUCCGCUUGGGUAACACAUCUCGUGCUUUUAUCCCUGCUUUAUGUCCAUCUUGUAUAAUGCUACAUGGGUACUCAUUCACAAAGCCUACGCACUGUUGUCAAAUGCAUCGACAUAUACUGUAAUCCUAUGUAGCCGUGCUUCAAGGCAAAACACAGCUGCUGUUAACUUUGGCGCUAAUGUGCAGUUGAAUAAUCCAUAGAGAAUUGUCAUACAGAAUAAACCAUAUUAAGUGACUGAAACUUAAAUUCAAGAAUAAGUUAUAGACCUUUUGAUCUUCUCCACCUUGUAAUGCCACCAGGAAGCGCUGCAUGUGAGCUCACUUUAGGGAUGGUGCACUUUGCCCUUGGACAGACGAAUGCUGUGUUUAGCCUGAGGAUUUUCCACUUAGCACAGCUGUAGAAACUGUAGGGUGUGGUUGGGCUGAGAAUGAAAUCAUUGCAUAUGGUUCACACUGCACAAUGGCCAAGGCACAUCCAGAAUGACUUAAAUCGCCUAAUUUUUAAAGACUGCGGUGGCUAAAAAGCAUACUGGAAUAUUGUCUCUCAUUAUUGCGUGCAUUUAAAGAAUUUUGUGACCACAAGUACUUCACCAGGGGUAAAUGAGACUCACAAAUGUAUCAUUUCCGUUGCUUAUAACAACUUUGGCUGUUUUUGUGUUUGUUUGUUUUUUAUUUCCUUUCAAGUACAUUUAAGACAUUUAAGUUACUAUGAAGUUGUAAAGUUUGAGAAUGCAACACAAAUUUGCCUAACUGGUGGUUCAUUUGAGAUGGGAUGUAUAUAGUGUAAGGGGAAGGCUUUCUAUUAUGCCAAGUGGGAGCUGUUGAACGCUCACCUGCAGAAGGUCUUUAGCGUUCAGCACUUUGUUCUGAAGACUGUGUCUACUCCUCUGUUUGUGAAGAAAUAAAAAGUGAGACAAAUUUCA